AUGGGAUACAGCAGGACAGGAAGACUACGACAGGCUCCGACCACUGUCCUAUCCACAAACGGUAACACACACACACACACACACACACACACACACACACACACACACACACACACACACACACACACACACAAACACACACACACACACACACACACAACACACACACACACACACACAAACACACACACACACACACACACACACACACACACACACACACACACACACACACACACACAUGUGGAGUCAGGUGAUUCCGUGGUAGGUUGGUCUCAGUGGUUUCCCCCAUGGUUGGUUGGUCUCAGUGGUUUCACUCUAAGGUCUGUCUCUCUAUGGUUCUCCCCAGGAUGUGUUCUUGAUAUGCUUCUCCCUGGUCAGCCCCGCCUCCUUUGAGAACGUCAGAGCUAAGGUCAGUACUGAACCUACCUCCUCAUAGACACAGGAACAGGGGAGCUGCCGAGCCUGACCUAAAGAAGCACAUCUAUAGCUCUCCCUGGUUCAUAUUCUAUAGCUACAGUCCUGUUAUAUAGAGAGAGAGUUUGGCCAUUGUGGUUUCAACAAAAAAGCAUUACGAUGCUCUUAGAUGACAUCACACACCUUUCUGUGUGUCAAACUCUCUCUAUACAUACAGUGCAUUUGGAAAGUAUUCAGACCUCUUGACUUUUUCCACAUUUUGUUUACGUUACAGCCUUAUUCUAAAAUGGAUUAAAUUGUUUUUUCCUCUCAUCAAACUACACACAAUACCCCAUAAUGACAAAGCAAAAACAGUUUUUUAGACAUUUUAGCAAAUGUAUAAAAAAAAAACUAAAAUAUCACAUUUACAGAAGUAUACAGACCCUUUACUCAGUAUUUUGUUGAAGCACCUUUGGCAGCGAUUACAGCCUUGAUUCUUCUUGGGUAUGACGCUACAAGCUUGGCACACAUGUAUUUGGGGAGUUUCUACCAUUCUUCUCUGCAGAUUCUCUCAAGCUCUGUCAGGUUGGAUGGGGAGUGUUGCUGGACAGGUCUUUUCAGGUCUCUCCAGAGAUGUUCGAUCGGGUUCAAGUCUGGGCUCUGGCUGGGCCACUCAAGGACAUUCAGAGACUUGUUCCGAAGCCACUCCUGCAUUGUCUUGACUGUCUGCUUAGGGUCGUUGUCCUGUUGGAAGGUGAACCUUCACCCCAGUCUGAGGUCCUGAGCGCUCUGGAGCAGGUUUUCAUCAAGGAUCUCUCUGUACUUUGCUUCAUUCAUCUUUGCCUCAAUCCUGACUAGUCUCCCAAUCCUGCCGCUGAAAAACAUCCCCACAGCAUGAUGCUACCACCACCAUGCUUCACCGUGACGCUUGGCAUUCAGGCCAAAGAGUUCAAUCUUGGUUUCAUCAGACCAGAGAAUCUUGUUUCUUAUGGUCUGAGAGUCUUUAGGUGCCUUUUGGCAAACUUCAAGCGGGCUGUCAUGUGCCUUUUACUGAGGAGUGGUUCUGUCUGGCCACUCUAUCAUAAAGGCCUGGUUGGUGGAGGGCUGCAGAGACAGUUGUCCUUCUGGAACUCUAGAGCUCUGUCAGAGUGACCAUCGGGUUCUUGGUCACCUCCCUGACCAAGGCCCUUCUCCCCCGAUUGGUCAGUUUGGCCAGGAGGCCAGCUCUAGGAAGAGUCUUGGUGGUUCCAAACUUCUUCCAUUUAAGAAUGAUGGAGGCCACUGUGUUCUUGGGGACCUUCAAUUCUGCAGAAAUUUGUUGGUACCCUUCGCCAGAUCUGUGCUUCGACACAAUCCUGUCUCUGUGCUCUAUGGACAAUUCCUUCGACCUCAUGGCUUGGUUUUUGCUUUGACAUGCGCUGUCAACUGUGGAACCUUAUAUAGACAGGUGUGUGCCUUUCCAAAUCAUGUCCAAUCAAUUUAAUUUACCACAGGUGGACUCCCAUGAAGUUGUAGAAACAUCUCAUUUGCUAAAACAUCUAAACUGUUUUCGCUUUGUCAUUAUGGGGUAUUGUGUGUAGAUUGCUGAGGAUUUUUUGUUUAAAUCAAUUUUAGAAUAAGGCUGUAAUGUAACAAAAUGUGGAAAUAGUCAAGGGGUCUGAAUAUUUUCCGAAGGCACUAUAUGACUCUGUUUCAAAGUGAUGAUUCAUAAAGGUGAUUUAGUGUUUUUAAAGGAUGGGUGUUUUUUUUUAGCAGUGUCUAAUGGUGUUCUAUUCUAUUCUACUGUGUUAUGAUAUUCUGUUCUACUCUAGCCAUAAUAGUCCUAUCAGCCAUCUAUGUCCCUAGAUCAGAUUAGAGGUUUUAUUUCUAUAGCUCUGUUCCACCCAGCCUUGAUCUCCAUAUUUGACAUAAUGACCUUUAUCCUCUGUGUGUGUCGUGUCUCAGUGGUACCCAGAGGUGAGACACCACUGCCCCAACACCCCCAUCAUCCUGGUGGGCACCAAACUGGAUCUGAGAGAUGACAAGGACACCAUGGAGAGGCUGAGGGACAAGAAGCUGUCCCCCAUCACCUACCCCCAGGGCCUGGCCAUGGCACGGGAGAUAGGUCAGUCUGUGUGGGUGUCUGCCCAUCCAUGCCCACAUUCGGAACAAAUUUGAUGAUAUAAUCGUGAAUAUUAUAAUAAUAUAAUAUAAUAAUAAUAUAUAAUAUAAUAUAUAUAAUAUACUAUAUAUAUAAUAUAAUAUAUAAUAUAAUAUAAUAUAAUAAUAUAAUAAUAUAAUAAUAUAAUAAUAUAAUAAUAUAUAAUAGUGAAUUUGAUGAUAUAAUCGUGAAGCCCAUUCAAAAGAUUAGGGGACAUGAUACGAAAGUAUAAAUGUCAUAUUUCUGAGUCUGUACCUUUAAAGGGAUAGUGCGAGAUGUUGGCAUUUAAGCCGUUCAUCUACAUACCAAGAGUCAGAUGAAGUAAUGGAUAAAAUAGUUUUUUUCAAUGUUUAUAGAUGUGUAAUAAAGAUGUUGUUGUUUGUUUGUUUGUGUGUGGUGGUCAGGUGCUGUGAAGUACCUGGAGUGCUCGGCCCUGACCCAGCGAGGGUUGAAGACGGUGUUUGACGAGGCCAUCCGUGCUGUGCUGUGCCCCCCGCCCGUCAAGAAGAGGGGCAAGAGGUGCACAGUGUUCUGA